AUGAUUGAAGAAGAUGAAGGUUUAAUUGAAUCAGAGGAAACAACAGAUAUCGAUGUAAAAGUAUUAAAAAUAGCGGAACAGAUUGGUGCUGGUUCCUAUGGAAUGGUCUAUAGAGGAAGCUAUUUCAACUCACAGGUUGCAAUCAAAAAGAUACGUCCUGGUGAACAUAAUAGAGAUCUUCAAAAAUAUUUGAAACGUGAAAUUGCUGUAUUAAAAAAUAUUCAACAUCCAAAUAUUGUACAGUUUAUUGGUGUCUACUAUGAAAAUGAAAAUGUUUUGCCAGCAAUGAUUUCAAAUCAGACUUGGAUCGUCACAGAAUUUGUUCCCGGUGGAAAUUUACAUGAAAAGAUAAAAGAUAGUGCCAAACAAUUUCCAUUGUCCCUAAGAUUUAAAUUAUCAUUGGAUAUCGCUCUGGCCAUGGCAUAUCUUCAUAGUAGAAAUAUAUUGUUUAGAGAUUUAAAAUCAAAGAAUAUUCUUAUUGAUGACACAAGUUCACCGAUCAGAGGAAAAGUUUGUGAUUUUGGUUUCGCACGUAUUGUAAAAAAUAAGAAUAGACAUUUAUCGAUCUGUGGAACUGAUGAUUUUAUGGCACCAGAAGUUAUUUUGGGUAUGGAUUACGAUGAAUCUGCAGAUAUAUUUUCAUUUGGUGUUGUGAUGUUGGAGAUGGCAACGAGAAAGAAGAUUUCGAAAUAUAUCGAAAGAGGACCACAGAAUGCAUUUGAAAUUUCAGAGGAUUUGGCGAGAGAGUUGAUUCCAGAGUCGAUACCAGGACUCUACACAGAGCUGAUUAUUGAUUGUAUUAAAUACACGCCAACAGAGCGUCCUGUAUUCUCUCAUAUCAUUCACGUUUUGAAGCAACUUGUUUCACUGUUUCCUAUUCCCCAAUCGAUUGAAAACCCGCUCUCACCUCACUCCUCCCCAAUCAUCCCAAGAAAGAACUCAAAGGCUGUCAAUCUUCCUCCACUCGAGGGACUACUAAGAAAAAGCAUAGAGUUGAAGAUUGGCGAAGUUGGACUGACAUCUUCAGGAUCCUCAAUAUCGUCAACAUCUUCCUCCAACAAAAGUGGAGAUAGCAACGGCAGCAACAGUCAAAACUGUGAAAACAACAAUUGUAAUAAUAGUCAAUCAAAUAAUAAUAAUCAUAAUGAAGCAUGUAGUAAUAGUCAAACAAAUAGCGAAGCGAAUGGCACCAAUGACAAUCAUUCAUCGAUACCAGAGGAGAGUGAAAAUCAUGUGGCUAUAGGUGGCGACGAUGAAUUGGAUUUGGACGAAGAGGAGAAAGAGAGUAAAGUUCGAUAUCUAAAGGAGAGAAUGUUGUUGGUUCUCGCCGACCUGAACAAGUAUAUGGAUGUUCAGUGUCAGGAGUUACUGAGCAUCUCACAAGAGGAUCAGAUUGCCGACAAGUACGAUGAGUGUCGAAAAGUGAUAGAGCUGCGCAAAGUACUGUGCGAAGUGGUUGGCGAUGACGUUCCACCCACCACGCCAAAGAAGACGACACCACCUACCACUCGUGUCGGUAUCUUUUUGAAAUCGAUGGACAAAUCACUACAGGAGAUCUUUGUCAGUAUCGAACUACUAAAGAUACGUGUGGAAAGAGAGAAACAACUUUUGGAAUCUAUUUACUUGGCAAGAGCAGUUUCAAAACUUAAAAGAAUUUAUGAAUCCAAAUUGAUAUUGGAUUAA